AUGUUCCAGCGGACUCUUUUCAGACAAGCACAGGCUGUUCGCUCAGCCUUAGCUGCUUCUACCUCUACGGCUGCCGCGCCGCUGCCCUUGCGCCAGACAUCACGAUUGCAGACCCGGCUGCCCACAGCGGUCCCCCUUCUCCCGCUUUAUUCGACCGAAACCAAGGAGGCUACCCAGGAUGCUACCAAGGAUGCUUCCAAGGAAGGCGAGUCGGCUGAGUCAGAGGCCGAGGACCCUGUUCAGAAGGAGCUUGAGGCCAAAAACAAAGAAAUCAUUGAAUUGAAGGACAAAUACCUUCGCUCCGUCGCCGAAUUCCGUAACCUUCAGGAGCGUACCAAGCGUGAAAUGAACGAUGCCCGCAACUUCGCCAUUCAGCGGUUCGCGAAGGACCUCUUGGAGAGCAUUGAUAACCUCGACCGCGCACUCCUGGCUGUUCCCAAGGAGCAGCUCGAGGCUGCUCCUACUGAAGAGAACAAGGCCCUUCUUGACCUCGUUGCCGGUCUCAAAAUGACCGAGAACAUCCUCAUGCAGACUCUGCAGAAGCACGGUCUGGAGCGCUUUGACCCCAGCGAGAAGGUUGACGGCCAAGCCCAGAAGUUUGACCCCAACUUCCACGAGGCUACCUUCCAGGCUCCAUCCCCCGAUCUCGAGGAUGGUGACGUGAUGUACGUCCAGAGCAAGGGUUUCCGUCUUAACGGCCGUGUCGUUCGCGCUGCCAAGGUCGGUGUCGUCAAGAACACCUAA